AUGGACUCCUUUUUUCAGUUAGAUGCGGACAUUCAACUUUUGUUGCAACGCUUUGGUGAAGAAACACCUCAAUUACAACUUGACACGGAAGCUAAAGAAGAAUCAACGAGCAGUCCACCCCAGGGCAAGCAUUUUCUUAAUUUACUCGCUCAAUGGAGCUGUGAUGAAUUGGACGAUAAAAUGAAGCAGAGGGUUGAAUUUAGUCAACGGGCAAUUGCAAAAUUAUUGUUGACAUGUGCUAGGAUAAGUGAAAGAAAUGGUAGACUGUGCGAUUUAUUAAAAGGUUUGGAAAUUUUUUUAAUUAUCUUAGGGCAUAGGGAUGAAAAUAUAUUUCUAUAAAGUCAUAUUGCGGGUUUUCAACGCCUUUUUUCAACUCCCAACCCUAUUUCUGGCCAUGUUCCUUUUAUAAAUGGAACAGAGAUCCAGCUGGUUUGGAGUUAAAACAUUUGCUGGACGAUGUUUUAAGUUCUAUUAAUGGGGCAGCAACAAUGCCACCGACAGCUC